ACNCCGGGGCUCUGGGUCUCCCGCCUCCGCAACCUCACCCUCCUCUCCCUCGUCGACGUCCCCGUCCUCGUCUCCGCCCCCUCCAUCGUCAUCUCCCAGAUGCCCCACCUCCUCGCCCUCACCCUCUCCCGCGCCAACCUCUCCGGGCCCCUCCCCCACCACUGGCACUGCCUCCGCCUCGCCCACCUCGACCUCUCCUCCAACCGCCUCACCGGCCCCGUCCCCACCUCCAUCGACCUCCUCGCCUCGCUCCGCUCCAUCGACCUCAGCUCCAACUCCCUCUCCGGACCCCUCCCCGACUCCUUCGGAGACCUCCUCGCCCUCAGAAACGCGUCUCUCUCCAACAACUCCUUCUCCGGCCCCAUCCCCGCCUCCUUCGCCGCGCUCUCCGCCCUCGCCCGCCUCGAUCUCAGCUCCAACCAGUUCAACGGGAGCAUACCCGCCUCCCUCUCCGAGCUGCGGGGGCUCAGGGUGCUCAACUUGGAGAACAACAACUUCCAGGGAGUGAUCCCCUUCAACGCCUCCUUCGUGGCGCGGCUCGAGUCCUUCAAGGUGCGGGGGAACGCCAACCUCUGCUACAACAAAACGCUGCUCUCGCCCAAGCUCAAGCUCGGCGUCGCGCCCUGCGAUCGCUACGGCCUCCCGCUGUCGCCGCCGCCGCAGCGGGCGACAAGGUCGGACUCCUCGGACUACGCGGAGGACGGCGAUGGCGACGACGACGACAAUGGCGGGGGCAAGGGUUCGGAUGGCGGAGGACGCCAUGGGCCGAACAGGCUCGUGCUCGGAGUGGCCAUAGGUUUGUCUUGUUUGGUGUUCUUGGUCAUCUUCCUUGUUUGCCUCUCUAAAGUUUGCCGAUGAAGCAGAGUUCAAAAUGUGUCUUGGUUUUGGGGUUUUGGAUCAGUUCUUUCUUAUAUUUAAUCGUUUAUUAAGAGAUGGAUUUUGAUUUUUGAACGAAGAUUUUGAACGAAGAUUUUGAACGAGGAGCUGUGUGUGUGUGUGUAAAGUUUUCCUUCUUUGGCAAACCAAACUAUUCAAUUCAUUGUAGCUUCUUACGGAAUAGUAUUUAUUUAUGUGGCUGUUCACGGAAUGUUGGUUGGGGGAUUGAAAUUUAUGGCCAUGCUAUUUGAGUUUAUGAGAGUAAGUAGGAUGACGGGUUAAGAAAGACUUGUCAAAUUAUUUUAGAUAAUCUGUAGUAUUUUUUUAAAUUAAACAUGCAAAUACAUGGGUUAUGGGUCGAUGCCCUCGGUUUAUUAUUAUUUUCUUUUUUUGAAUCUGUUGGGUUUUACCUUUGAGCUGUAAAUUGUCCUUUGCAUCUGUUUUAUACUGAUGGUUCUUUUAAAAGUAAUCAUCUUUUCUCUUCUUUUUAUUUUUUUUAUUUUAAUGCCAAAGAAAGUAGCAAUAGGGGGGCCGGGGACAAAAUAUAAAAUGUGCUGACAGCACAAAUGCGCGAAACAAGCAGAGUUCUAAUUGAAGUUCAUCGUUAACACUAACACAAAAAUCAAAACUACAGAUCAAAACACCAGAACAACACAUCAGUUUGCAGCUUAGCAUUGUCGAGAAUAUUGAAUCUAUGGAGCAAAUCUGAUUUAAGUCAUAGCAAACAAUCCGCCCUUUGCAGAGUAUCUGCAACCAUAUGUACCCUCCGAGUUGAUACCUCUAGCUAUUGUCCAGACUCCAGAGCUUACAAGAAACAGAGAGACUACUAUUCGUCCUCCAAAGCAUUCAUAUCAGCACCGUUCCAAAAUGCAUUACAACUAUCAACACUACUACAACACAGAAGAUCUAAAAAUCUCACAACUUAAUUUCCAUGAAUCAGCUGAAACAUACAAAAAUCCACCAGUAAAUUUCAUGAAUUACCAGCUAGAUUAAAAUUGAAGUCGCACCAGUCUGACAGGUUGAUAUGGUGCUCUUAGGUCUCCAUAAUCACCUAUCUGACAGGUUGAUAUGGUGCUCUUAGGUCUCCAUAAUCACCGAACGGCGGUGAGAAUUGAUGCUAAAACUAGGAUUCUGUUUACUAUAAAUGUUGCGACAGAAUGCAAAUUACAUUUGAUAAAACUAACAAACUGAAUUCCAACUAAUGCAAAGCCAAUAGCAAGACACUUAACAAGUAGGGAUAGAAAGUGCCAAACAUAGUUCUGAAGCAGGAGAAUAGAAGGGUUAAUAAUAGCAACAGAGACUUCUUAAACCUUCAAAAUCCACAUAAUGCAGCUGAUAGAAAUAUGACCUUAGUUGUUGCACACAUUAUGCGAAAAAGCAUCUUAAAGAUUAUCAAGAAAGCAAGUUAUCAUGCUAAAUACAUAAUUCAAGAAUAAGGGUAUGUUCGGUUCAUGAUUGGAAUAAGAAUGAAAAAUAAAAUUGUAUUGCACUGGAAUGGUAAAUAGAACGAUGCAACAUCAAAAUAUAUUUGGUUCAUUAUUGCAAUGAAAAUCAAAAUGAACAUUUAAAAUUUUAAAAAGAGAGUUCCGGUUAAAAGAGAGGAGAGUCAUGGAAGGACAGGAAAGAGGUGUUUGUGAGAAAACGUUUUAAAUCGUUUACUUUAUAAUGGACCAAUCUCGAGGGACCAAUCUUGAAUUUAAGGUCAUAAAUGAAUUGGGUAAUUCCCAUUUCAUAGUGGAAUCGGAAUCAGAAUACCAUUUGUAUAAAACAAACAACAACCAUCGGAA